AUGAAGAACCAACAGGUCCAUUCCCGCAUCAACCACUCAAAAGGAUCCCUCUUUGUUCUCUCCACAAAGUCAACCGGUGUCAUCGCUGCCGUCUCCGUUGGCCUCGCUGCUGCUGCUCAUCCCUAUGGCAACCGAAUGACCGGACAGGGUCUCCUACUCUCCAUGGGCGCACUCCAGUGCUGCUGGAUCGGAGCCAAUCUGGCGAUUUCAUUCUUGGAAGCACCUGUCAAGUUCUUGUCACCCACACCUGCUAGGCGCAGUUUGAUCGACGUUGGACGACACGUCUUCUCAGCUCUCAACAAAGUUGAGGUUGUCCUCGCAACGUUCGAUCUCCUCGGCUGGUACCUCCUCACACAACGCGGACUAGUCACUGGAAGCGCCUCAGGGUUCAGACAGUUGGGAUGGCGUCAAUGGCUCCGGUUCAGUCCAGGAUUGAUUGUCUAUCUCUUGCAGAGCUUUACAUUUCUACCCGUGAUGAGGAGCGUGGGUGCCCGGUAUGUUGAGGGGCGACCUACCGAGAGUGCAAAGGUCCAUGGGGUUUAUGUAGCGUUGGAAGUCCUCAAGGUUGCCACUCUCACUGCCAGUACUGUCACCAUCGGACGAGCUCUACUCAAGGCACUUUAG